AUGUCCGUCUCAUCUCAGGAUUCUCCCAACUCUACCACCGGAAGUGGUAGACAUUUCUCAAUGUCUCGAGACAAAUUCGAUAUCAAUAUUCCCUCACCCCAAAUUUCUAUUGUAUCAAACGGUGAUUUAACAUCUCCAACGACAUUAAAGUCACCGAGUACUCGUCGCGUCGCCACUUUUUCCCGGGAAGGUAUUUUGGGAUCCGCUCAGAAAGCCAGGAAUUUAUCACAAUCUUCCGCAGACAGAGACUCAAUCAUAAAUGGGUUACAAAGCAGACAAAAUCGAAAUCAAAACCAUAAUCAGAAUGGGCAUAGCGAUGACGGGAUCAACCCAUUGAAGAGAAGAAGUACUGAUGCUGGAAUUGACUACCCCAGACGGAGAGCCACCAUAGCCGUAAGUACUUCGGUCUUUGGGGUUAAUGACAAUAAUACCGACAAAAUAGCAGUGCGAGAUUUGUCGAUCUCGAAAAUCACGAUGUGACGGAAUUAAGCCCAAAUGCAAACUUUGCACAGAAUUAGGUGCCGAAUGUAUUUAUCGUGAACCAGGUAUCAAACUUGAUGCUGGGGAUAAACUCAUAUUAGAGCAUCUUACUCGAAUCGAAGGAUUACUCCAAUCGACAUUAAUCGGGCAAACAUCCAAUCUUGCUCUUUCCACUGGCUCGCCGUCUAUCAAUGGAGGAACCACGAGUAGUGGUGAUGAUUUGAUGAUGGCAGCCAACGGAGGCUUUGUCUCUUUACUUCCUGCCACAGGUCUUGGCACUUGGACCAAUCUCACCAAUAUUUCCACGAUGCCAAAAAUUCACACAAACGCUGCAUUACACUUACUUCAAUGGCCGUUGAUCCGCGAUUUAGUAUCACGACCAUACGAUCCCCAAAUUCUUCUUCAGCUCGAAAUGGCUAGAGAACCACUUGUUCUGUCAAAAACGCCUUGUUUAGAUCUCUCCAAUACCUCCGCAUAUAUCGAAGCAUUUUUCGCAAAGGUAAAUGUAUGGUAUGCAUGUGUUAACCCAUACAACUGGAACAAUCACUACCGAGUUGCUUUAUCAAAUGGAUUCCGCGAUGGUCCAGAAAGCUGCAUUGUUCUUUUAGUGCUGGCGUUGGGUCAAGCUAGUUGCAGUGGAAGCAUAUCUAGAGCGGCUAGUUCUGAAGAUCCUCCUGGACUUCCAUAUUUUGCAGCCGCUUGGGCACUUCUCCCAAGUCUGAUGACGAGGAGCUCGGUUUUAUCUGCUCAGUGUACAAUUCUUGCUUCUGCGUAUUUGUUUUACCUAGUGAGACCAUUGGAGGCGUGGACACUAUUAAGUAGUACGAGCACGAAACUUCAACUUCUUUUGAGUGCGCCUGGAAGGAUACCACCGAAUCAAAGAGAGCUAUGCGAGCGAGUGUAUUGGAAUUCAUUGUUGUUCGAGAGCGAUCUUUUGGCUGAAUUAGAUUUACCGCACUCCGGUAUCGUCCAUUAUGAAGAAGUGGUUGGACUACCUGGAGGCUUUGAGCAGGAAGAUGAGGAUGGAGUGGGUCGAGAUGAGCUCUGGUACUUUUUGGCCGAAAUUGCACUUCGCCGACUUCUGAACCGCGUCAGUCAACUAAUCUACUCGAAAGAUUCGAUGUCAUCGACAUCUAGUUUAGAGCCUGUCGUGGCGGAACUGGAUUUCCAAUUGUCACAGUGGUACGAAAGUCUGCCUAUCCCUUUACAAUUCCCAUAUACCCGAACACCUCUAGCAGAUCCUGUCCAGACCGUAUUGAGACUGCGGUAUUUUGCUUGUCGGACGAUCAUCUUCAGACCAUAUAUUCUUGCUGUGUUGGAUAACGAACAAGCAGCUAUGGAUCCAUCAGUUCGAGAAAACUGUCGCAAAUGCCUUGAAGCUUCAAUUCGACAACUAGAGCAUAUCAGCGCACAGUAAGUCCACACUUUCCGCUCCCCCAAGACAAUAACCUGACUAACUCACUUCCAGUCAUGCAGGUCACAUGCCCUAUCUCUGGCAAGGAGCUCUCAGCAUCGUUUCUCAAACCCUUCUCGUAAUGGGCGCCACUAUGUCUCCCUCACUAUCCGCCAUAAUCAACUCCCUCGUCAUCCACGACACAAUCGAUGACAUCAUAAACGAUGUAGUCAUGGAAAUCGAAAGAUACGCCCAUCUAGCCCCCAGUUUAAGUCUCUCUGCCGAAAUAAUCAGGGAAGCCGAAAUACGAAGACGCAGCUACCUUGGCGGCUGA